AUGCCACUCGCUUCAUUUUUCUACGUUACCCCUUUGCGGGUUUUGAAGAGUCUGGCUGGUAAAGUCGAGUGGGUGCUCAAAAAUCUGGUCAGCUACUUAGUGGCCAGUGACAUUGGGACAGAUAUAAAAGAAGACACUGGAAAGGAGAAAACAGUAUAUGAGAAACAUGUUCAGAACGAAAAGGAGACUUCAAAAGGCACAAGAACGCUUUUCCCCGCGGUGAAGAUAAUUGAUGACUCGCUGGACAGUUCAACAGGGCCUGUGCCAUGUUCAAUGGACUUUUCGAGACUUCAAAAUCCACUUUCAAUGGUCAAGACGCCCGAGGGACACUUUGAAUGGCGGUUGACAGAAGGCUCGGUGGGUUUGGACGAAUCCCAACACACGUCGCUCGACGACUCCGCUUCGCCGGAGAGCAGUAUUACGCCGAAGUCAAUGGACGGUGAUAAGGGAUCUGUGGCACCCACCGAAUCGAGAAAGUUCGUAUGUCAUCUCUGUCACGCAGAGUUCCACAUGAGGGGCUACCUGACUCGUCACCUCAAGAAACAUGCCGUGGAAAAAGCGUACAGGUGUCCGUACCACAACAGCAACCUACCGAAGGAACAGCGUUGCCACAGACAUGGAGGGUUCACCAGGAGAGACACAUUCAAAACACAUCUGAGAUCGCGGCAUUUCGUUUUUCCAAAGGGUGUCAAAAGUAAGGACAGGGUCAAAAGCUUCGGUGUUUGCUUACAUUGCGAUACGUUCUUUGAAAACACUGAAGACUGGAUCAAAAAUCAUGUUGAGGCCGGUGAGUGUAAGGGACUGCCCGAGGGGUUCAAAGUCACAGAGAAAGCCGCUCGAAAGUCGGGCAAAUUGAAGAAAAUCACCACUGCUGAUGGGCAAUCGAGGUUUAUAUCUACCGACCAGACUUUGGUCAAACCAAAACUGGUCGACGAAAAGAAGGCUGCAGGUGCAGCAGGUGGUGCCAUGGACACCUCCGGUACUCCCGACACUAUGGAUUCAGUUCAACCUAUCAAGCUGACAGGUAAUGAUGAGCGCACAUCAAACAUCAAGUACGAGGAUCUCGUCGGAGACGUCGUUAUUCCUAACGGCAGAAGCAGGUACCUGGACAAAAUAAGUCCUGGAUUUUCCUCGGGUUCUAGCCCUCUCGUUGUGGGACAGCAGCCGAACGCUGCGUCCAGCUAUGCAUUCAACUUUUUCACUCCAUCGAAAUCCACGCCGUUGGACGAAGGCUACCUUUCUGUGGACCCUUCUCCUACCGAUGAUGCUGGCUUGGAAACUGUGAAGUCUUCGUCCUCGGCAUCGUCCCGCGUAUCCUUCAGCGAAACACAGGAAAAGACGUCUGGAAUGCAGGUCAAUCCGCGUGACGACAACGCUGAUGCUUACUUUCAAUUUCCGCUCGAUUUUGACCAAUGUCCGAUGAGUUUUACGAUCCCCGAGUCGAGGCAGACAGAGUUGAACUGUGCCCAUCCAGCGCCUAUCGAAACGACAUCACAGCUGUGUGAUCGUCUGUACAAACAGAUGGAGGCUUCCGCUUUGAACGAAAAAAACCUGCGAGAAAACCAGCACUAUUUGAAUUUGUACAACCACACUUUCAAUGCUCAUCUGUGA